AGCUCGAUCAAUUAUGACGCACCCUUCGAUCUCGAUAAGGUUGCAACGCAAGCCGUUGGGAUCUUUGAACUUUGGAGCGCGUUUGCAAACUCGGUCAUGAUACACAUCGGUGCGCGCUCUUCGUCCUGACAAGCGAGGCUCCAAAAUGCGAGGAUUUUAUUUUGAGAAAAUAGUUAUUCGUCCUUGAAUGUUAUGUGCUUCCGAAGAAUGUAUCGGCACGCGGAUCAGCUGAAGUUCAAUUCUUCGAAACUUUGACCGAGGCUGAUGUAAUGGCCGAAAUUCACGCCGGAGAAGAAUUUUCGGAGCAGAUUCGCCAGCCUCGGAGUUUCAUCUCGUUCAUCAUCGCUAUUAUUGCACAGUCUUCCGCCUCGUGUGCAAACGAUCGUCGGCGAUGUCAGCCCCCCACCAGUUCUCUCGUCAAAGUACCUCUCAUUAUCCCCGUCUUUAUUUUUUAUUCCGCAUUUACAAGCGCGAAGAUAAAUAACUCUCGCGGUUGCUAACAUACGGAAAGGCGUAACCCACGCGGUUUAGGACUCCGAGGGAUGAUGAUUUACGACUCUCGUGUUUACGACACAUCGAGGCUCUCUCAAAGCGAUCGGCACAAUCAUUGUGGUCAAUUGACAAUGGAAAUCGCUCUUGUUACGAAAGAUUCACGUGUGUGCUAUUGAAAAUAAUCUUUCGCGUGUUUUCUUGAGCGAGGGACAAAGAGAGAGAGAGAGAGAGAAAAAACAAGGAAUUGGCUAUUGAGCGAAAUAGUAAAUAUGCAAUUGGGACUUAAUGAAGAGAAAAUUACCGUCGUUUUGUUCGCUUCCAUCGUAUCCAAGUUCCAUCGGUAAAAACACUUGUCUCCUCGAUCCGUUUUUGUUUCACUGACCAUUAAUAUUCAUUUUUCUUUAAAAAAUCUUGACUUCCAUACUUGGUUUCUCCCGUGCGCCUGUAUCCAUAGAAAAAUAUAACUUUAGUUUCGUACUCACAAAUAACUAAAAAGCAGAAGCACAUUCUCGAAAAUCCACAGUAUUUUUCGUCCCAACUCUCGAAGGUCCGUUUCUCUUCUUCUCGGCGUGAAUAAAAAAGUAAGAGCAACGAUUCCGGCGUAUUCGUAUAGCUGAUUGGAGCGUCGUUGUUCUCAUUGAAGGGCCAUUGUCCAAAGUUAGACAAUCGUAAGGCGAGCAGGUCAGUCAUAUCUCUUUGUUCAUGGGCUGAAGAUUCGAAACAUCUUUCGUUCGAUUGCUCCAUGCGCGCGAGUGCUCUCUCGCUCCCUGCUCUUAUUCUUUUUCCUGGGAGAAGAGCUCGCUGAUAAAAACGUGAAAAACCAUCCCUCCAACCGGCUCUUUGGUUGGUUAUUUUGCGGAGUUAACUCCAUGGAAGUCUAUCGCCGUAAUAAUUGAGACGAGCGAGGAGAGAAGACAAAAGGACAAGAAUCUCACGCAUCAUAUGUUCUCGCAUUAAAAACAAGAAUGAGAUGGAUCCGUUAAAAGGAGAGGUCGCGCGGCUCGCCAGGACGGCCAUGCUCAGCGAAGCAUUCACUUUUAUACACUUUACCGUGACCGGGUAGUUGGCUCGCAUCACACUUUACAUGUAUUUAUCCGUGUACAUGAGUACGAGUUGCGUGCUCUAACGUACAGUCGCGCACAUGGACACGCACGUACACGGAGAGACGCACAGACGCGCCGUGAAUUUAACUACACGAAAUCGGAGCUCUAGCAACGAAAUGUAUUCACAUUCAAAGAAGAGUGAGUCCACCCUCCCUCCCUCCAAUCUUCAUGCUUUCGUGGCAGCAGCAUCCUACCGAAUAUACAAGUUUGAACGAACGGAAAACGCUCCAAAGACUUCGGCCACAAACACGCACGGAGCCCCGCACGCACCCACAUAUUCAAGCACUGCUAUUUCUGUGCACAUAUAAAAGGAGGCUUCAAGCUCCAUGCCAAAUCAAAUCAAGACGUGCCCUCAUAGAGGAAACAUGAAGAUUCCAUUGGUUCUGGUUUGCUCACUGAUGAGCUUGGCACACGGUAGCCUGGAGCCAGCUGGCUACAGGCCUCCUGGCACACAUCCCCAAACGAGAUACUUGCCACCUUCGUCGAGCAAUCAUCGCACGAAUAAUCGCUACACAUCCUCGUCGCCGAAUGUCUCAGGCCAAAACGUGGCCGAAUUGAGGCAAGAAUUGUCGUCGAGUUUUUCGUUGCCGCUGCAAAAGGAGCCCUUACCUUUCUCAAACUAUUUGCCAGCUAAUCGACAAUCCUCCGAUCCAAGCGAGCAUCAAUCGAGCGUUGAGAAUCGUUGGAACAGUGCUAAGCCUUCGUACGAACCGUCCCGCGAGAUUCAACCGAGCCUCACCGAAGCUAUACCCCUGAAUAAUUAUCUUCCACUCAAAGACGAACUGAGUUCUUCGGAACUUUAUCCACCGAUUGCGGACAAGAGUAACUUCGCUAGUGAUCCAACGACUUCCCACCUUCCGUCAACUUUCUCGAGUCACCAUGAUUUCUUAUCGCGCGAAGCACAGUCGGGGGUUGACAGUGCCUAUCGACAGGUCGUAAUUAGCGACAAACUUUCGUCUCGGUACGGUUAUCAAAAUUCUGGAUCGUCCGGCUAUCGCUACCCGUCGUCGGAGCAUCAAGAACCGGCAAAGUACCAGUUCGAGUACGAGGUCAAGGACCAUUAUGGCAACGAUUAUGGCCACAAGGAGACCCGAAACGGCGAAAAUACUCAGGGCGUUUACAAAGUACUUUUACCGGAUGGACGGAGGCAAGUUGUUCAUUAUGAAGCCGACAGCCAUGGAUACAGGCCAAUUAUAACUUACGAAGAAGCCGAGUCCGGCUCCUAUCCGCGACAAUCGACGACACUGAAUAAUCAUGGAUAUCAGUACUAAAUCGAAAACAGUCUUCCUCCUGGUGUCGUGGCACGAUCUUUUCUCUCUUGAGUUUAUUGUGUUACGAAUACUUGUAAAAUAAAAUGCUCUCGAAUCAAAA